CGGCGACCAGACUUGCUCGCAAAGGGCGAGGCAGAGCCGACUGGCGGGGCGGGGCGGGAGGGUGCGAAGCCGGGAGCCUGGGAGCAGCGCAGCGGCCCGGGAGACCGGCCGCCCACUGGAGACCGCAACCGCCCGUUCUCGGCUCAGGGAUGUCGGAGGGAUCCUGGCAUCCAGGACGCUGACGGUGCGAGCCCGAGGAUGGGACGGUGCCCGCAGCUCCGGCUUGUGAAGGCUCUUCUCCUCCUGGGGCUGAACCCCGUGUCCACCUCCCUACAAGAUCAGCGCUGUGAGAGCUUGUCCCUGGCCAGCAAUGUCUCUGGCCUGCAUUGCAAUGCCUCCGUGGACCUCAUUGGCACCUGCUGGCCCAGGAGCCCUGCAGGGCAGCUGGUGGUUCGGCCAUGCCCUGCCUUUUUCUACGGUGUCCGCUACAACACGACAAACAAUGGCUACCGGGAAUGCCUGGCCAACGGCAGCUGGGCGGCCCGUGUGAAUUACUCCGAGUGCCAGGAGAUUCUCAACGAAGAGAAGAAGAGCAAAGUGCACUACCACAUUGCCGUCAUCAUCAACUACCUGGGCCACUGCAUCUCCCUGGUAGCCCUGCUAGUGGCCUUUGUCCUCUUUCUGCGUCUCAGGAGCAUCCGGUGCCUGAGAAACAUCAUCCACUGGAACCUCAUCUCGGCUUUCAUCCUGCGCAACGCCACAUGGUUUGUGGUCCAGCUCACCAUGAACCCCGAGGUCCACCAGAGCAAUGUGGGAUGGUGCAGGCUGGUGACAGCUGCCUACAACUACUUCCACGUCACCAACUUCUUCUGGAUGUUUGGUGAGGGCUGCUACCUACACACCGCCAUUGUGCUCACCUACUCCACUGACCGGCUGCGCAAAUGGAUGUUCGUCUGCAUCGGCUGGGGUGUACCUUUCCCCAUCAUUGUGGCAUGGGCCAUCGGGAAGCUGUACUAUGACAACGAAAAGUGCUGGUUUGGCAAACGUCCUGGAGUGUACACUGACUACAUCUACCAGGGCCCCAUGAUCCUGGUCCUGCUGAUCAACUUUAUCUUUCUCUUCAACAUUGUCCGCAUCCUCAUGACCAAACUCCGGGCAUCCACCACGUCUGAGACUAUUCAGUACAGGAAGGCUGUGAAGGCUACUCUGGUGCUGCUGCCCUUGCUGGGAAUCACCUACAUGCUAUUCUUUGUCAACCCUGGAGAAGACGAGGUCUCCAGGAUUGUCUUCAUCUACUUCAACUCUUUUCUGGAGUCCUUUCAGGGCUUCUUCGUGUCUGUGUUCUACUGUUUUCUGAACAGUGAGGUCCGCUCUGCUAUCCGGAAGAGAUGGCAUCGGUGGCAGGACAAGCACUCCAUCAGAGCCCGCGUGGCCCGUGCCAUGUCCAUCCCCACCUCCCCCACCAGAGUCAGCUUCCACAGCAUCAAGCAAUCCUCAGCAGUGUGAGCUACAGACCACCGAGCAGCCCCCAAGACAUGAGGCUGGGGCAAUGAUGCAAGCUCGCAGGCAAGCCUGUCUGCAGAGGCGAUUGGCCUUCCCGUUCCUACCCCUGGGCUGCAGACCUGAGAGCCAGCCCAGUCUUGGUAAUAGCUCACAGCACUGGGCUGGGCCCACAGCAUCCAGCUGCCUGCUGCCCAUUCUUCUUGGAGAGUGGAAAUGGAGACUGGGGGCUGGAAAUCCUGAAGCAGUUUCAUGGACACUGUGAGAGCUGUCUUCUCCCAGAGUAGUUCACUGAAGAUUGGCAGUCUUCAGCAGCUGUAGGGAGGCUACUUGCUACCUCUGGGGCAUCAUGGGAAACUCUCUUCUGUGACUGUGAUGCCUCCGAGUCUUUGCUCGCUACUGAGAACCAAUGCCACACGGUUUAGUCAGGAGAGCUGGAGACAGCAUUAGAAGUCUAGUGACUUCAGACAGCAUUCCACAGCCGUAGGAGCCACUCCUGAGCCAACAGAAUGUCAUUAGCACGGUGGCACUGCCACGGGAAAGUCCUGCCUUGCUGCCUUGCACCCUUGGACGUUCACUGUCCUGCAGGCCAAUCCAGCUUUCUGUCACUUACCCUCCACAGCAACGGUCCCCUAGCCCCAAACUCCCACCUCCUGCCUCUGGAUGGCUUCUGAUUUGUGAGAAGAUGGCGGUUGGGAAGGGGACUGAGUUGUCCAUGCCAAGGAAUCAGAGUGGCCCAGCCUCUGAGGAAGUAGUGGCCCCUGGGUGCCCAGGCCACUGGCUUCAUUGGCUGGCCUCCGCAAUGUGCUCACGGGCUGAGUGAGGCGAGAAGGGCCCUCUGCUCAAGUUCCCUGAACUGGGACAGGUGGCUCCUGGGACAGCUAACUGACAGACCCCUUACUCCCGGGUAUGGAAUGGCUCAGCCCUAACUGUGUCAGAGGGCUGAGGAGCUGUAGCGGGACAGAGGUGAGGGGGGGCGAUAUAAAUAAUAUUUAUCUUUUCAACUCCCUUUGUGAAGGCUUGCACUCUGCUGGGGCUGGGAGUAAACCAGAGGGGGCCCUCUGGAAGUAGACGUCAGGGACUAUUGCAUGACCGGAAGCCUGGUCACACUCAUGCCAUCCAGGAUGAGCCCUGGGGGCUGGUGGCAGGGUGUGAACUCCAGACAUGAAGAUACAGGUGUGAUCAAGGAUGCUUAGUAAGAAACAGCUCCUGGUAAGGAGGUGGUACCUGAAGAGAAGGGCCAUAGACAGUUACCGUGGCCGGGACAGCCAGGCAACUGUAGCAAUGAGCGGCAGAAGUGGGCCUCGGUUCGAUGGAAGAGAAUCAGGCAGCAGCUAGGGAGCUGAGCAGCCUACGGGGCUGGAGACUCCCCAGAAGCACACACGGGGAUGUGGUUGCCAGGGCAAUCUCAAGACAGGACCAGAGGUGGGCAAGGCCAGGAAGGGAGAGAAAGGGAAAGGUCAGAUGGCAUACACGCACCAUGGCAGACGGCUGGAACUUUGACUUACUGAGGAGCCUGGAGCACGAGGCACGGGAACUGAGUUGGGAGAGUUAUCCACCCACUCCUGCUACCCAUCGUUCAUUGAUUUGAGCAUCUCCCAAGGGACAUCAGUUGCCCUGCACUGGCCACAUCCGUGUGGCCACAGAGUUGUCAGGUGAAGCACACUGCAGGCCUCUGGAAGCCUGUAGGUGCCUUGUAGGCACAGAGGAGACUGGUGGAAUUCUCAUGAGGGUCUUGGUGCCCCUAGGACAUGCCCUGAGUCUCUGACCAGGGAGGAAGGUCACCUAUGCGUGCACACACACACACACGCACAUAAUUGCAUACAUGGGUACGUGGCAUGAGAUGCCAGCAGCGGACUGAAAUGGCUGUCACUGGAGAGCACUGUAGCUCCUGCUGAGCCGAAGGGGCUGAUGGAGGAGGAAGAGUGGAUUCUUGAAGGACACAUGGGAUGCCCUUCCCUGCCUAUUACCCAAGCAAAAGUGUGCCCUUAAGUAGGGGUGGGCAUGGGAGGCACAGAGAACACCCAGACAGCAAUGAACUUCCAACUUAGGAGUUUGGGGUGGCCUAGGGAGAGCGAGGGACAGCCCUCCCAGAUGGCUGCAGGGACCUACAGUGGCUAAGUGUCAAACAGUCACACUGAGAUGCUUCUCCACUCUUUUGUCUUUCAACCCGAGCAGAAGAGAGAGCAAGGUGUCACACAGUGUCGCAGCGUGGGGUGUGUCCUAAGGAAAAGGAAGGCUGAGGUCUCAGAAAAGCGGGGUGUGCCUGAGUGAGCGGGGAUAGGUUGAGAUGAAGGGUGGGGUCUGCCGUCCAGAGGCCGCUUGAGGUAAGUAGGAACGUGAAGCAGGAGUAGCUGCAGGAGAGUGUGUGGCAGGCAGUGUCUGGGCAGGCACCUCAGUGGACAUCAGGGGCUGUUCUUCUGCAAGGUUUGGGUGGGGAAAGCUUCCUCGGACUGUGAGUUGAUGCACAUCACUACAUGGAAGGACCUGACAGUUGCCAUCUGGAGUCACGGGCCCUCUUCAGCCCCAGGGCGGGCCUGUCCCUCACAGUCAAAAGAAUGCUAUUCCAUGUCACGCCUAGGGAACACAGUCUCCUGAGAGCUACCUCCUUGCACAGGAUCUCACUUCUCCUGAGGCUCUCUUGGUGAACACAGAACAGUAGUGGGAGGAGCCCCCCUCUUCCUGGGGGCAAUACAGCCCCCACCCUGGGAUUCUGGUUCCCCACCAAGCCUCUGUGCUGGUGAGACAUUUGCCUUAGGGCUGAGAUAGGACUAGCCAGAUCAGGGUAAACUGCCUCCUGAGGAGCGAGGGACAAGGUCUAGAAUCCAGAUAGUCAUACACACCUUAACUGGGGCCCCUGUAGGUUGCUUUAUAGCCUACAGCUAGUCUAAUGUGCUGUCUAAAGCUAAACUCAAUGGGGAAUCAGCCCGUUUUGCAACAGAGGGAGCCAAGGCUGAGGAUAGAAGACCUGGCUGCACAUCUGGGGGUCUUCCCUUCCCAGAGUCUUCCACCCUUGGUUGGGAAGGCCACGGCCCACAGAGUAGCCCUGGAGCAAGGGGACAGUGGAACCAGUAUAGGGUCUCAAACUGAUCGCAACUGUGCUGUAAAAUUGGCAUCUUCAGUGGCUCACCCAAUCAAUGUCUAACUGCCAGGCCAGCUGGGGAGGAGGAAUUGAGGCUGUGUGCUCAGGGUCUUCCUUUUUCUACUCCACUCCUCCCCCUCCUUCAAAUGAUGCUUCAUUUCAAACUGUACAGCCCAGGUCACCAGAAGCUACUGUCAGCCUUGUGUUCCCCAUCCGGGAUCCCCGCAGCCCCUGCAGAGGACACCACUGACCUCAUCUCCUCCAGGUCCACUAAUGAUUCAAACUCACCUGUUCAACAGCACUGAGCCCAGCAGGGGGAGGGAGCCUCUGCAGCAACCGUGCUCCCAGUCCUUACUGUCAGUGGACACCAGGCCGCAAUCAGGCCGCUGCUCUUCAGUCAACCCUGGGAGGCAGGUGCUGUUCUCCAGUUUAACAGAUGAGAGAGUGGAGCCCAGAGAGGAUAAGAGGUCUUCCUGAGAGUGGUCAGCCGUGGCAUGGCCAUAUGAGAACUCAGGCAACCCCAGAUGUUCCAGUGUGCCACCUUGUACCCCCAAGAGCCCAUUGCAAGGUGACCCCUUAUCUCCUUCCUUUGGGGACAUUCUUCAGCCUCCCAGCCAGCUGAGAAGUAGUACUCGGAGAUGAACUAGAGAAAGAGCCCGCAGCCUCCCAGUGUCCCAGCCAUGUCCACAUUCGAGCAUGGCCUCCCAGUCCGCUGCUAACACACCAACCCUGUAGAUUCUGUAGCUCAGGGGGAAGAAAGACCUGGACCAGGUGAAUUUUGCAAAGCUCUCCGCAUUCAGGAAACAGUCAUGAGAUGGGUUCCAGACCUCGAGCCAUCUUCCUGUCCCUCUGUGGGGUCCUAGACAGACCCCUGAUGCCCAGCCUCAUUACCCCUGGACAAAGGCACCGUACUGGGGCAGGGAAGCUGAAUAAUAUCCCAAAUGGCGAGCUAGGAUGGACAACAAGGGGGUGUCCCUUCCUUGGCCUUCAUUUCUAGGGUGAUAGGGAGAAUACGAAGUGUACAGGUCCAGAUCCACUCCAGCUGGGAAAGUAUGGGCUGUGAGCCAGGACAAGAGACAGUCUAGGGCACCCAGUCCCUUCCCCACCUUCUAGAGUCCCUGCCAUAGGCUAAGACCCACUGCCCCCAUCUGCAGUCCUUGAUUUGGAUGAAGAUAAAUAUUCCAGCUGCCACCUAGUAUGUAGGUCCCAAUGGAAGGCAGACACUUUGUCUCAAACUACCUGGGGAGCCCCUGAGAUCCCAGAUCCUAGCAAAGGGUAGCAGCAAUGGGGUCAGGCAACACUACCAACCUAAGAGCACACCCGGAAGGGUGUAACUGGAGGUCACAGAGAGGUCUCUGCAGAAAUACAACCUGGGAAGUAGCAGAAGGCCCAAGAGUCCCAGCUGCUCCGGCCACAUACUCAAGGGGACAGUUCCAGGACUCAUGGACUGGGGAUCCUGGGGCAUUGAAAAAUGAAUAGGUCUCCACAAACCCCCAGUGAAGCAGACAGAAGGCACAUGGAGUGAAUGGUUCAGAGAAUUCUGGGAACCCAGGGCACCCCUCGCCUGAGGAUCAGGCAUGGGGAUGGUGGAACACAGGUUCUCAUAUAUUCUCAAUCUCACUGGAGCACCCACUGGCCAACAGAGUCCUGAUGACCAGAAUUAAGCCCACUCUGAGGCCAGUGCUACUGCAGCAAACUGAAGUCCUGGUUUCUUGGUUUUUGUUUUUAUUAUGGUAAAAUACACAUGCACGUAAAAACUCACAUCCCAACGUGAAAGCAUACAAUUCUGAGGUGUUGAUAUCAUCUUAGCCUACAAGUGUGUUU